AUGGAAGAAGCACUGAUAACCAAGGUCUCUCCACUGUUUGGAACCAUCUAUGAUGCUGUUUUCCUGUUGGCUGGGGGAGUGACAAGAGCCAGAGCAGCUGUGGGUGGUGGCUGGGUGUCAGGUGCAUCUGUGGCCCGCCAAGUUCAGGAAGCCCAAGUCUCUGGCUUUUGCGGGGUCCUGGGAAGAACCGAGGAGCCCUCCUUUGUGCUGCUGUCCGGAGACCGGCUCCAUGCCACACACCUGCUGGAUCCCAUCCGAGGCUCUAUGCGCUCAGCUGGGACCCCUGUGCACUUCCCUCGAGGUGGACCUGCACCUGGACCAGACCCUUCCUGCUGGUUUGAUCCAGAUGUGAUCUGCAACGGAGGAGUGGAGCCAGGCCUGGUCUUUGUUGGCUUCCUCCUGGUGAUAGGGGUGGCACUGAUUGGAGCCUUCCUAGCUCAUUACUUGAGGCACAGGCUGCUACACAUGCAAAUGGUCUCCGGCCCCAACAAGAUCAUCCUGACUCUGGAAGAUGUUACCUUCCUCCACCCACAGGGGGGCAGCUCUCGGAAGGUGGCCCAGGGCAGUAGAUCGAGUCUGGCUACCCGGAGCACAUCAGACAUUCGAAGUGUCUGGCGCCAGCCCCCGGAGAGAAGUGUCCCCAGCCAGCCCCCGGAGAGCACCAACAUUGGCCUCUAUGAGGGUGGCUGGGUUUGGCUGAAGAAAUUUCCAGGAGAUCAUCACCUGGCUAUCAGGCCAGCAACCAGGAUGGCCUUCUCCAAGCUGCGGGAGCUUCGGCAUGAGAAUGUGGUCCUCUACCUGGGGCUCUUCCUGGCGGGGACAGCAGACAGUCCUGCAGCCCCUGGGGAGGGCAUCUUGGCUGUAGUCUCAGAACACUGUGCUCGGGGCUCCCUCCAUGACCUCCUGGCCCAGAGAGACAUAAAGCUGGACUGGAUGUUCAUGUCUUCACUCUCUCUGUCCCUCAUCAAGGGAAUGAGAUAUCUGCACCAUCGCGAAGUGAUCCAGAGGGUAAAGAGCCCUCCUCCACUGUGUCGGCCCUUGGUGUCAAUGGACCAGGGGCACAUGGAGUGCAUCCAGCUGAUGACACAGUGCUGGGCUGAGCAGCCAGAACUUCGUCCCUCUAUGGACCGCACCUUUGACCUGUUCAAGAGCAUCAACAAGGGCCGGAAGAUGAACAUCAUUGACUCCAUGCUUCGGAUGCUAGAACAAUACUCCAGUAACCUGGAGGACCUGAUCCGAGAACGCACAGAGGAGUUAGAGCAGGAGAAGCAGAAGACUGACAGGCUGCUCACACAGAUGCUGCCUCCUUGGCUGCCUCUAUCUGUGGCUGAGGCCCUGAAGAUGGGGACAUCUGUGGAGCCCGAGUACUUUGAAGAGGUGACACUGUACUUCAGUGACAUUGUGGGCUUCACCACCAUUUCCGCCAUGAGUGAGCCCAUUGAGGUGGUAGACCUGCUUAAUGACCUCUAUACACUCUUUGACGCCAUCAUUGGUUCCCACGAUGUCUACAAGGAUCAUCUGUCUUUAACCCCUUUAGACCUCCGGACAAGUGACACUGAUGUGACUACUGGGGGAGGGGUGUUCAGAACUGAACAGACACCACCCUCUCCCCCAGCUUACCGCAUCCACGUGAACCUGAGCACUGUUCGGAUUCUUAAUGCUCUGGACCAGGGUUUCCAGAUGGAGCUGCGAGGCCGCACAGAGCUGAAGGGCAAGGGUGCUGAGGACACUUACUGGCUUUUGGGCAGAGGGGGGUUUAAAAAGCCCCAUUCCCAGUCUCCUCCCUGCAGGGCCAGCAACCAUGGCAUCAGCCUGCAGGAGAUUCCCCCAGAAAGGCGCAGGAAGCUGGAGAAAGCCAGGCCAGGCCAGUUCACUGGGAAGUGA